AUGGUGCUCAAUCCUAGAUUCACAUGCAACAAUGGGGUACGCAAUGGGCCCACUCAUCCGGCCAGGGUAGCGGAGAUGAUGUCAUUGCCCGGGAGCACCAAAUGUCUAAGGCCGGCUCUGGAUGCAUCCAACAAUCAGGAGACGCGAACAUUUAUUAUUUUAUUAAUUAUUAUUCUUGUAUAA